UGCUAAGUUUAUCGUUCUUGUAGCAUCUUUAUCUAUAUAAGAAUACUUGAUAUCUCAGUUUGUUGAUCCGCGUGGUGCAUCUGGUCGGUUGUGUCUGGUUCUGCGCUCUCGUUUUCGUCUGGAUAGAAGAAGUGGACUAGCAUGUGACUCGUUGUUUGUUGUUUUUUUUUGUGUGGAAUUGUGUAUGUACCAAGUGCUCGGCGAGUUCGAGUCAAUAUGCUGAAAGUUUCUUAAGUGUCAUGCAUCUUCCGUUCGGGGAGUAACUCCAGACAAACGUCGACCGAUGUGUCCUUUAGGCAUUGCGGUGUUCCUCUGUAUGGCAUGGCUGAGCUAUCCAUCAAACGGUCAACUCGCCUGGACCCCAAUCUACGUGGACGGAAAGAGUCAGAUAGAUCUAUGGACAAAGGAGGCUAAAGGAUGUCCAUGUCCAUGGGAUGCCAGCAAUCGGCAAUGCGCUUGCUGCGUGGCAGAUGGUGGAUGCCACUGUGGGAAAGACGCUCCAAAUCGAUGCACACAGUGUGGCUUGGAGCAGCACUGCAACCACAUGUGCAACUUGACUCUAUCAGCAGCCGAUCUUCAAACGAAGUCCGGAAAACACUUUGGACAAAUCAAGUCGCCGUCUCUUCAAGGACCAAGCAUGUGCUGGUAUACGUUUUUACCAUCGCAGAAUCAGAGGGUCGAAAUCCAGGUCUACCGUCUAGUCAACACUGGAAAAUUCAAUGGAACCAGCUGCGUCGGAGGGCAUCUUCAGCUGAUGAGUGGCACAGAGCCCCUUUACAGCCACCACGAGAACCAACUUUGCGGCACGAACGAGCGCUACUCACCCCCAGUCGUCUUUUUCUCUGACAACGGCGUCGCGACGCUACUAUUCGAGAUCACGGAAGAAACAAGCAGAUCCCAAUUUUUAGCGUACUUUAGUUUCUCGGAUGUGAACGCAACCGAUGGUGUUGGUUUCCAGCCACGAGGAGGAAUGCCCUUACAGAACACAGACUGCGAUUGGCUCUACCAGGACUCGUGCGAGAAACAAGGUCAAUGUGUAUUAGCGAGUCCUGGUUAUCCAGGGAUAUAUCCUCCGAAUAGACAAUGCAGGUAUCAUAUAAGAACCGGAAGUAGCGAGCGCACACACGUCAAGAUUACUUUCACUUCCCUUUUGUUGCCGCCUGAACGAUGCAACACCUCGGAUUAUGUAGCUAUAUAUAAAGCGGUGGCAAUCCCGGAGAAUUUAUUGGGUACACUAUGCGGUAAUCAGCGGAAGAUGUUCGAAUUCGCUGGAUCCAACCUCUUGAUAGAAUUUAGGACUGGAACGCAACAUCCGCCCUUCGAGUAUAAUGGCUUUGUCGCAACACUCGACUUCUACAAGAAAACGACCACGCCACUUCCUACGACUCUGCCGACGGUUGUACACAGGGUCUCUACUAAUUUAAUAACUCACGAAGUCACAACGGCGGCUCCAAAUUUCACGGGAUGCGAUAUAUUAAUUUCCGGGAACAACACGAGGUCCGGCCAAUUCGACACGCGGGAAUACGACUGGUAUCCAAUAUGUAGGAUUACGUUUAGAGGUAGACCCAGCGACGUCGUCCACAUAUCUUUCUUCAACUUGCGUCUAAGAUCGCCAUCCUGCAGGACUGUCGUUGAGGUCUUUGAUGGAGCUUUGGAAAUCCGUAAGAAUAUGCUUGAGAGGCUUUGCAGUCCACAGGUCAAGCAGUCACGCGACCCUGAUGAUCUACACAGCAAGAGGUUGCUGUCAUCCAGAAAUGAGAUGGUGAUCUUCUUCCAAAGACCAAACGCUCCUUUGGGUACGAACGAAGCAGAAUUCCUCGCUGGACGUUACUUCUUCCACGAUGAGCAAAUUAGUGGAACCGUGCUACCAGCUGGUAUGUGUGAUGUGAUAUACAAAGGAAGCACUAGUCCAUCAGCAGGCAUGAUUGAUAAUCCUAGUACUCAACAUUUAUAUUGGAACAUGGAAGGUCCUCUAUUGUGCACCCAGAAGUUCGUACCUGCAGCCAACCAAAGCAUCACUCUCAAAGUUAUAAGCUUAGAGCAAAUGGUCAAGGAACCAGCUUGUGUCACACAAUGUGGUGACCACGGCUGUAGGUGCGUUUCCAGUAGUCCCAUUUCCAAAAUCGAUCACGUCCUUAUAGUCAAUGAUGACACGUGGAAAGUUGCCUGUCUUUGCGGAAGCUACCAGCAUGAGUGGCUUCCAGUUAGUGUUAGAUCUUGGGCUUCUCUAACGCUCGUCUACUCCGUCGCUCAUUAUACUUGGAAGAAGAAGGGCUUUGACAUCUCGGCCUCUUAUACUUUCAACAUGGACACCGUUUGCGGAGAGCAGGUUUACACACUGCACACAGGCGAGAUCGUGCUGAAUAAUUUAACUCCCACCGAGAAUCUGAACCAUUUCUACGAGCAAAGUUGCACUUGGACCCUACACUCGAACGUCGAGCGCCAAUUAGAGCUUGACAUAAGCUCCAGCCAGAAUCGGCCAUGCGCUGCGUGGAACGUGAGCAUACACGAAUAUUCAGCAAGUUCGAGUUACAAACACUUGGGCGAAGUCUUGCAUACUUUCUGCUCGCGAGACGCCCAUAAGGUAUAUCUGCUGCCGUGGAAAGUUUCCACCGUCAUAGUUAGAUUACGUACAUUAAGCAGGACUUUGCCCCAAUUUAAGGUGAAAUGGAGAUCGCACGUAGUCAGGGCGAACACGCGAUUCGGAGGCGCACCGACUCCCGCCCCCAACGCGGAUUCCACCUCAUCCGCAGGAACGCUCGCCGCCUCCCUCAUCAUCAUCAUGAUGUUACUCUGUUUUAGAUAAAUCCUCGCAACGAUCUUCUACAUUGUAGAAUCUACAACGACAACCAGAAUUUAAAAGAAAAGAAAAAACAAUAUGAAGAAGUGGCGAGAAUAUUUUUUAGAUGGAUAUCCAAUAUCAAUUAUAUGUACUUACUUGUCCAAGAGAGAAAAGAACCCUAAAACUAUUAUAUGUAUAUAUAUAUAUUUGUAUUGAAGCUCAUCGUCAUGUUUAUUUUAAACAUCUGCUCAACAAUUGUUUCAACAAAAGUCAUUUAAACACUCAAUGACGAUCUUACCACAAGAAACGUCAAAUCCGACGAAAUAUCAAAAUCGUCGGAUGAAUUAAGGACCUUCAUUCUUGCUAGUCAUCUAUCUGUGAUAAUAUUGUUCGAUACUGAAAGAAAACCUUAAGGAAAAAAAAAACAAUGAGAAAUGAAUGGAAAAAAAAACACGACACGUUCGAAUUUCUCACAGUUAAUAAGAGUUGAUUGAUUAGCAUUGAAACGGAUUAAUUAUAUAUAUUAAAAAAUAAUAAUAGUUAAAUAAUUAUUUCAAAGUUGUUACAUGUUUCUACGGUGUUAGCAUAAACGAAACUAUAUGUAUAUGUGCGCAGCCCGUAGGCUGCGAAAUCCUCUACCAUAGGUAACGAAUAUGAGAAAAAAAAAACAAUGUAAUUCCUUCUAUGUUAACUGUUUACUAAGAGACGUGGAUAAGUAAUUUACGUAAUCAAAACAAAAAAAUAAUAAUAAUAUGAGAACUAACGAAAAAAAAAAUCUUUCAUGUGUAAUGAGUCAAUAACAUUAUUGCAGCUUUAACAUAUCUUUUUAGUGCCACGUUGGAUAUAUCUAUAUAUUAUUGAGCCCUUUGCGUCUUAGUCGAAAUACAAAAUAUAUUCGCUGUUUACUGUUUAAAAUGCACUAAUUGUUACACCUCCCAGAACUAUAAUUUCGGCGCGCACCCCUAAAACACCAUCCCCCCCCCCAGACUACUCGACCCAUCUUACGUAACUCUUGGGUCGCCCGGAUUCGUGCGAACCUCCACCACCUAAUUGUGCAACUCUUUGUUGGUUCUGUUGUCUUAUGUUUGCGUUGGGCCGAACCGUUGUUUUCCCUCUGUUAUCGAUUAGUUGGCGAUGUAAAUAUCCUAAUUCGAAAUAAAUCCUAAGUGUAAUAAUAAUAA